GGAAAACCUGUUUCUGGAAACGCGAGGCCCUCAGCUGGUGAGCCAUCGUGGUUAAGCUUCUUUGUGUGGCUCCUGGAGUCUCCGAUCCCAGCCGGACACCCGGGCCUGGUUUCAAAGCGGUCGAACUGCUCUGCCCGCUCCACCGGUAGCGCUCGAGCCUCGGUUUCUCUACUCGACCCCGACUCGCCGCAGCAGGAUGAUCGCCUCGCAUAUGAUCGCCUGCUUAUUCACGGAGCUCAACCAAAACCAAGUGCAGAAGGUUGACCAAUUUCUCUACCACAUGCGUCUCUCAGAUGAGACCCUUCUGGAGAUUUCUAGGCGGUUCCGGAAGGAGAUGGAGAAAGGGCUAGGAGCUACCACGCACCCUACAGCAGCUGUGAAAAUGUUGCCUACCUUUGUGAGGUCAACUCCGGAUGGGACAGAACAUGGGGAGUUCCUGGCUCUGGAUCUUGGAGGAACCAACUUCCGUGUGCUCCGAGUAAGGGUGACGGACAAUGGCCUCCAGAGAGUGGAGAUGGAGAACCAGAUCUACGCCAUCCCUGAGGACAUCAUGCGGGGCAGUGGAACCCAGCUGUUUGACCACAUCGCCGAAUGCCUGGCCAACUUCAUGGACAAGCUACAAAUCAAAGAGAAGAAGCUCCCUCUGGGUUUCACCUUCUCGUUCCCCUGCCACCAGACAAAACUGGAUGAGAGUUUUUUGGUCUCGUGGACUAAGGGGUUCAAGUCCAGUGGCGUGGAAGGCAGAGAUGUGGUGGACCUGAUCCGGAAGGCUAUCCAGCGCAGAGGGGACUUUGACAUUGACAUUGUGGCCGUGGUGAAUGACACAGUUGGGACCAUGAUGACUUGUGGCUAUGAUGAUCAGAACUGCGAGAUUGGUCUCAUUGUGGGCACUGGCAGCAACGCCUGCUACAUGGAGGAAAUGCGUCAUAUUGACAUGGUGGAGGGAGAUGAGGGGCGCAUGUGCAUCAACAUGGAGUGGGGAGCCUUUGGGGACGACGGUACACUCAAUGACAUCCGAACCGAGUUUGACCGAGAGAUCGACAUGGGCUCGCUGAACCCUGGGAAGCAGCUGUUUGAGAAGAUGAUUAGCGGGAUGUACAUGGGGGAGCUGGUCAGGCUCAUCCUGGUGAAGAUGGCCAAGGCAGAGCUGUUGUUCCAAGGGAAACUCAGCCCAGAACUCCUUACCACUGGCUCCUUCGAGACCAAAGAUGUCUCGGAUAUUGAAGAGGAUAAGGAUGGAAUCGAGAAGGCCUACCAAAUCCUGAUGCGCCUGGGUCUGAAUCCAUUGCAGGAGGAUUGUGUGGCCACGCACCGAAUCUGCCAGAUUGUGUCCACGCGCUCGGCCAGUCUGUGCGCAGCCACCCUGGCCGCGGUGCUGUGGCGAAUCAAAGAGAACAAGGGCGAGGAGCGACUUCGCUCCACCAUCGGUGUCGAUGGCUCCGUCUACAAGAAACAUCCCCAUUUUGCCAAGCGUCUCCAUAAGGCAGUGAGGAGGCUGGUGCCCGACUGUGAUGUCCGCUUCCUCCGCUCUGAGGAUGGCAGCGGCAAGGGGGCUGCUAUGGUGACGGCGGUGGCUUACCGUCUGGCUGACCAACACCGGGCCCGCCAGAAGACCCUGGAGUCUCUGAAGCUGAGCCACGAGCAGCUUCUGGAGGUUAAGAGAAGAAUGAAGGUGGAAAUGGAGCAGGGUCUGAGCAAGGAGACGCAUGCGGUCGCCCCUGUGAAGAUGCUGCCCACUUACGUGUGUGCCACUCCAGAUGGCACAGAGAAAGGAGACUUCUUGGCCUUGGAUCUUGGAGGAACAAACUUCCGGGUCCUGCUGGUGCGUGUGCGUAAUGGCAAGCGGAGGGGCGUGGAGAUGCAUAACAAGAUCUACUCCAUCCCACAGGAGGUUAUGCAUGGCACUGGGGAAGAGCUCUUCGACCACAUUGUCCAGUGCAUUGCGGACUUCCUGGAGUACAUGGGCAUGAAGGGCGUGUCCCUGCCUUUGGGUUUCACAUUCUCCUUCCCUUGCCAGCAGAACAGCCUAGACCAGAGCAUCCUCCUCAAGUGGACAAAGGGAUUCAAGGCAUCUGGCUGCGAGGGUGAGGAUGUGGUCACCUUGCUGAAGGAAGCGAUUCACCGGCGAGAGGAGUUUGACCUGGAUGUGGUUGCCGUGGUGAAUGACACAGUUGGGACUAUGAUGACUUGUGGCUACGAAGACCCUCACUGUGAAGUUGGCCUUAUUGUUGGCACCGGAAGCAACGCCUGCUACAUGGAAGAGAUGCGUAAUGUGGAGCUGGUGGACGGAGAGGAGGGACGGAUGUGUGUCAACAUGGAGUGGGGAGCAUUUGGGGACAAUGGCUGCCUGGAUGACUUGCGGACCGUGUUUGAUGUUGCUGUGGAUGAGCUUUCUCUCAACCCUGGCAAACAGAGGUUCGAGAAGAUGAUCAGCGGCAUGUACUUGGGAGAGAUUGUGCGCAACAUUCUCAUCGAUUUCACGAAGCGGGGGCUGCUCUUCCGAGGCCGCAUCUCAGAGCGCCUCAAGACAAGGGGAAUCUUUGAAACUAAGUUCCUGUCUCAGAUAGAGAGCGACUGCCUAGCCCUGCUACAGGUUCGUGCCAUCCUGCGCCACCUAGGGCUGGAGAGCACGUGCGAUGACAGCAUCAUCGUGAAGGAGGUGUGCACUGUGGUUGCCCGGCGCGCUGCACAGCUCUGUGGCGCAGGCAUGGCCGCCGUAGUGGACAAGAUAAGAGAGAACCGUGGGCUGGACAACCUCAAAGUGACAGUGGGCGUGGACGGGACUCUGUAUAAGCUUCAUCCUCACUUUGCCAAGGUCAUGCAUGAGACGGUGAGAGAUCUGGCUCCGAAAUGUGACGUGUCCUUCCUGGAAUCCGAGGACGGCAGUGGGAAGGGAGCAGCUCUCAUCACUGCCGUGGCCUGCCGCAUCCGGGAGGCUGGGCAGAGAUAGAAGCUUGGGGACCAGACGGGGCUUCUCUGCUUCCUCACUUCCCCGUUUUAAAUUAUGAGAAGAUGGACCCCUUGGCAGAGAGGACCCUGUGAGACUGGGACUUUUGUCUCUGUAUAUUCACUGUAGAGUUUGGUACCCAAUCCUUGGCCUUCCUGAGAAUCUGAAGUAAGGAGUUGUUCGCAGUUCCUGCUGGUCACCUCCUGGGAUGGUCCUCCCCCACUCUACUUCCUGUACAAUCCUAUGGGAUGGGGACAGUCUUGAGAAAAUGGUUGCCUCAGCUUGGAGCUGAACCUGACAUUUGUAGGUGGAGAACAUCUUGAAAUGUCGAUGCUUCUCUCAUCAGAGGUAGAUGUUGGGUGGGAGGGAGGAGGAGAGAUAGGACGUCCCCUGCCCUACGUGGCUGUCCCUCUUCAACUCAACCCAUAAGCAUCACCCUGCCGGUUCUAAAACAUUUGCUGUCCUGGGAUAGAGGAAUCUGAACCAAAGCUAGAGUGGACGUCUUCUUCAAGUGUUUGUGGCUUUACCUCACAUGGCUGAAUGUGUCAUCCACGAGCUACAGACCUUGGGGACAGGAGUGGCUUUGGUCGCUUUUUAGUUUUUUGUUUUGUUUUGUUUUUUUCUUUUUUAAUUUAUGUUUGAAAUUUACUUAGUUUAAAGCAGGUCCUCUCCAUUGUGUAAUGGUU